AUGCCUCUGCUCGCCGCCGCGGCGGGGGCCGCCGGCACGGCCCUGGGCCUGGUGGCCCUCGGCCGCGCCGCGGGCCGCACGGCGGACGAGCGGCAGGCCGAGGAUGCUGCAGAGGCUGCCGCGAGCAGGAGCGCCUGCGUCAAGAGGCUCGGCGUGGCCACGUGCCUCCGCGCCGGCAGCUGGGUGAAGGCCAGCCGGCACGUUGCCCUCGUUGGCGGUGCGCUGGUGAUCGGCAGGCGCCCCGGCGCGGCGGAGCGCUCGCUUCAGCUCCGCGGCGCGAACAUCGCGCGCGGUGGCGGAUGUCGUCAAGGUCACCGCGCUCUCUGGUGCAACCUUGGCCACUUUCUGGCUGAACAGCCCGGUCGAGGCUGCGCGCUGGGCAGAUGA